AUAAAAUAACAACACAAACAGAAAACAUUUCUUAAAUACUACUUCUUCUACUACUGCUGCUGCUACUACUACUACUAUUACUUCUACUACUACUACUACUUCUACUACUACUAAUACAGUAGGGUGGCGGGUAUUUCCUAAACUGGUACGAAUCGGCUUCGUACGAAAGCCACUUUCAAGAUGUCGGCAAAGGGUGGAAAGAAGCAGAAGGGCAAGAAGAUGGCCCUGACUGACUUCCUGUCAGAUGAGGCAGGCAAUCAGCAAGGGCCAGGAACGAGCUAUGUACUGGCGAACAAGGCACCAGUCAAUGACUGGGCCGCAGAAAUGGAGUCACUAGAUAUUGAUACUGAUCCAGCCUACAGUCUGCCUAUCAACAGAACCAUGCUGCCUACAGCUCCCAAGGCCUCCAGGGGGCCUGAUGACAUGAAGAGGGUCCCUACAGACCCACCAUUCACAGCCUUCAUUGGCAACCUGGCUUAUGAGGCUACGGAGGAGAAAAUAACGGCUUUCUUUGGCAAACUGCCUGUUGUGAGUGUACGCCUGAUAGAGGAUGGAGGAAGACUGCGAGGGUUUGGGUAUGUGGAGUUUGAGACACGGCAGGCUCUUAUAGAUGCACUGGCCAUGAACGAGGAGAUGUUGCUGAACCGCAAAUUGAGGGUUGACUUGGCCGGGGAAUCUCAGCACGGAGAGGCACGUGGGCGUGGAGGUGGUGGGCGAGGCGGCGGUAGAGAUGAGGGCGGGCCCGACAGGACAGAGGGAAACUGGAGAUCAGAGUCUAAACCAGAGUCAUCUUUUAACGAUAGAGGGCCCAGCAAGUAUGACGACCGAGGCGGACCGAGUCGCUAUGACGACCGCGGGGGAGCUGGUCGCAAUGACGACAGAGGGGGGCGGGACGAGCGAGGGGGUGGGAGGUAUGAGACACGGCGAAAUGGAGCAGACAGGUUUGAAGAAAGAGGCGAGGACAAGGGUCCCUGGCAGAGAGGAGCAGAGAGGGCGGAAAGACCCGGGGGUGACUACGGCAGGAAGGAUGACCGCUAUGGGGGCGGUGAUCGCUAUGGAGAUGACCAUCGUGAUGACAGACGAGGCAGAGACGGGUAUGGGGGAGGCAGAGAUAGGCAGGACGACAGAGAUGGUGGAAGGCGUGCAUUUGGUACUGGUUUCCGUAGAGAUGACGAUCGCGGGGGUGAUCGCGGUGGUGACCGUGGUGGUGAUCGUGGUGGUGACCGUGGCUGGGAGAGGGGAGGGGGAUUCAGGGGGGACCGGGACAGAGGGUACGGAGGGGACCGACCUGGCCCAGAUAGAGAGGACAGACAUGAUCGACAAAAUAGCAGAGAAGCGGAGCCCCCAAUUGAGAGGCCACGCCUGCAUCUUCAGCCCCGCACCAAACCUGCAGAGCGCACAGAGCCCGAGCAGCAGGAACAUAAACCCCAGAAGGCCGCCUCCAUCUUCGGGAGUGCCAAACCCGUGGACACAGCGCAGCGUGAGCGAGAGAUUGAAGAGCGCCUAAUGAAGCAGCGCGAGGGGCCCCCUGCAGGGAAGAGUUCCCUCGAGGCGCGGGGUUACGGGCGUAGCCAUGGUUACGAGGACACCAGACCUGGGGACAUGCAUGGGGAGGAGAAGGAGAACAGGAAUGUCAGCAGUGACAAAGAUUUGGACAUGGGUCCUGUCUCUUCUAGAUCCAAGGGGGAUGCUGGUGGCAGACGACGCUCAGGAAGUGACAGGUCUGAAGACGGGGAAGGACGCAGGGAGAGGAAAACCAGCGGCAGCUCGCGCAAAAAAGGUUCAGUGUCCUCAGUGGGUCGGUCCCGUCAGGACAGCGGUGAGAAGGGGGCUGGGCCUGGGGAGGUGUUCCAGGAGAGGGAGGAGGAGCGCCAGUACACCACGGCCCAGAGCCCGCCGGGCCAGCCCGAGGAGCCGGUCAAGCUGGUACCAGCCCCACCGCCCAAGGAGAACAUCUGGGAGAAGAGGAAGAUUUCUCAGGUAUCAGACACUGUGACCAGUCAGCCAUCUGAUGCCAGGUCUCCCCCUGCUCAGUCAGGGAACAGUGAGACUGGUUCACAUGGUAAGCCUCCAGCUGAAGUGACAAACCAGAGAAAACCCGAGAACCAGCCUGCCCAGCCAGCAUCUUCACCCUCUCAAGCAGCUCCUAGUCGUCCAGAGGCCAAGAAAGAGUUUGUGCCUGCAGAGCCACCCAAGGAGAAUCCCUGGACUCGGGGCAAACAGGACAACGGUGUAUCGAGAGGUGGAGCCUCACGUCCCAGUCCUAGUUCUGGGCCCUCAGCUGGAUCAGCUCCGGGACCUGUCCCUAACGCUUGGGCUGGCAGAGGAGGUCCCAACACAGGGGGAGAGAGGGGCAGGGGACGUGGAGACAGGGGCAGAGGGGCACCCCAGGGGAGAGGCAGGGGUGGAGAGCAGCAUCGCAGGCAAGAGAAGAGAGAAAAACCUCUGCCACAGUCUAUUGAUGAAAUGCCCAAGUUGGAGCCAAAACAAGACAGAGACUUCAGUGAUAGCAAUAAGUUUGCUGGGUUGAUAGACGAUAAUGAGUACGAUGAAGAAGAAAGUUCGUCAGUAUUGUAUGAACCAUAGGAUAUAUUGGCAGAUUUAUUUUGAUUCUUAUGUCAAUUUUGGCAUGAUAUAGUUGGAGCCUUGCUAAACGACGUUUGAUGUGGUUAUUGAACAGUUUAUAUAUUGAUCUUUUCAUUAUUGUUGCUAAAUCCCGCGUGAGAAGUAAAUGUUGGACUGAGGUCUGCGUGCUAUUUUAUGUAUGGAGACUUGAGACAUUUGUGUUUGUGGAAAUCGGGUGCUAUGCUGCUUAUCUGGUAUGAUAUUAUGCGCAAUACUAAAUUGGAGAAAUCCAAGUUAUUGUCAAUUAACCCUUUCCCACUUAGAAACAAAGUGAAAAUGGAUAUGUGCAAACAUAAUAAAACCAGAACAGCCUGCAAUUCACUCGCAGUCUGUUCAGGUUUUAUGCUGUUUGCUGCUCGUCAGUUACAGUAUAUAAGGUUUGGAAAUGUAGCUUAACAACUUGAAUCUAGUAAGAAAGGUCUUAAAUUAAAGAUAACUUUCCAAUGGACUACAAAUGUGUGAAAAUACGUUUCUAAGUGGGAAAGGGUUAAAAUAUUGUUUUGAAUGCAAAUAUUGCUGCUGAUUAAGAUAUUCAUUAAUGAUAUGAUUGCAACAGUUGACAAUUUUGUUACUGGUGAUGGAUGGCUUGACGAGUUGUCCAGUUCAGCAUUUUAUUUUGACAUUUCCAUUCAUUUUGUACCAAUAAAUUUGUAAAUAAUGGCAGUUUGCUCCUGUGACUGUUUCAGGAAGGCUUCAUUUAAAUACAUUUCAUGUUCAAGCAAUAUAGAGGCAGUCCCUCAUUCUUCAGCUAUACUAUCAUUGUUCAAGGGUCUCUGAUUUUUUGCUCAUUUUUCCUCACAAUUUCAUCAUAUAUUGCUGAGUUAUUCAUUUAUUUAUCACUUAUUAUGUUUUAGCAAUUCAUAAGGUGUUAGUUUGCUAUUAAACGGAACCUUAGUGAGGGAAAUAUGUACUUGUAUUCAAUCAAAAUUGCCUGGAAAAUGUGUUCUUUUUAUGCAUUUUGAUCGUGUCAAAUGGAGUGUUCUAUGUUGCACGGGAAAAUGUAUCCCAUACUAUGUUUGAAAUAUAAGACCUCAGUUUAGGAAUUAUUACAUGUAGUGCUUUUAAAAUGUGUGUGCCCGUUGCUCUAUUGCCUUAAACUAAGUGUAUAACAACAGUUCAUGUUUUUACUCUGUGUUAAAGUGAAUAAUCAAUAACCAUGUUUUAGGGCAGCACCAUUUGUAUUAGUAUUUAGAAUGUUGGAUAUAAAAUUACCAAUAUGUUAACAUGUUUACAGUAAGUGUCUUAGUUUACCGUAGACCUAACUCAUGAACAUAAUUUUUUAAACUGCUUAAUCAUAAUCAUUGUGAAAUUGCAUUGUUCUCAUUAUAUAAUAACUUAAUUAAUUUCCUGUGUAUGUAUACACAUACUACUGACAUACCGGUACAACAUAGAUAUAUGUGUCAGUGAAUGAUGAUCCUGUGUUUUAUAAGCAUUGUUCACUGCAUGCUGACAAUGUAUGUAAAUUAUCAUGUGUUUUGAUCGUUCUAGCAGCAAAUGCCGCUAUUGAUGAAAUUUGAGGUGUUGAUUGUGUAACUGUUGUCACAGAGUUUCCGCCAUAGUGUUGGAAAUGUUAUUAACCCUUUCAGUGCGGGAACCGAAUUUUAAAGGCCUUUGCAAACAGUUUGGAUCCAGAUGAGACGCCACAAAAUGUGGCGUCUCAUCAGGAUCUAAACUGUUUGCUUUUCUGAUAGUAUUCUUUAAAAAAAUAGAAGAAAAUGCUAAUUUAAGAAAUUCUGCAGACGACAUUUUAGCAGACGACAAAUUUCCCAGCAUGCAAAGGGUUAAUGGCUAUAAUAAGCUUAAAUUUUGAAAUGUAUAUUAUUAUGUCAUUCAGUUCUUGCAGGAGACUUGUUAAUUUAUUUUUAAUUGACUGCCUUUUUGUAAAUAUAUUUACCAUAUAAUUAAAUGUAAAUAUAUA